AGUCAAGCAGCUCGUCAAUAUGGCGGCCCUGAUGCAGACCUUCCGCGUGCAAGCGGCACACCGGGGCGGCGCGUGCAGCCUUAUGGCGGCCCUCUCCUGCACGAGACAUUUUGAUAUCAUCGGGGCAGUGCCGCGCGCUGUGCGGCUCCACGGUCCGGCUGCAGCAGCGCGACACUACAGCUCCGACCCGAAGGACGACCUGCGCGUCAGGUACCUGGACGGAGAGGACGACGGUAUUGUUGUCGUGGGAAUAAAUCGAGCAAAAGCCAAAAAUGCCAUCAGCAAAAAUCUGGUCAAAAUGAUGUUUGAAGCUGUGGAAGAUAUCAAGAAUAAUAACAAAGUGCGUAGUGUCAUUUUCUGUAGUUUGGUUCCUGGGAUAUUCUGUGCAGGUGCAGAUCUGAAGGAGAGAGCCAAGAUGCAACAGAGUGAAGUGGGGCCAUUUGUGUCCAAAGCCAGAGCACUCAUCACAGAGCUUGGUAAUCUGCCUGUACCAACAAUUGCUGCAAUUGAUGGAGCUGCUUUAGGAGGAGGCUUGGAAAUGGCCCUUGCUUGUGACAUCAGAAUUGCAUCUAAUACUGCCAAAAUGGGACUAGUCGAGACUAAACUUGCAAUUAUUCCUGGAGCAGGUGGUACACAGCGUCUCCCCAGGGUGAUCAGUGUCUCUCUUGCUAAGGAGCUCAUCUUUGCAGCCCGGGUGGUGGACGGAACAGAGGCAUGUCGUCUGGGUCUCGUCAGUAAAUCUGUGGAGCAGAAUAAGAGUGGUGAUGCUGCCUACUUGCAGGCUCUGGAGCUCGCCCGAGAGAUCAACCCUCAGGGCCCGAUUGCAGUAAGGAUGGCUAAACUUGCGAUCAACCAGGGGAUAGAGGUGGAUUUAUCUACAGGUCUGGCCAUUGAAGAGGCGUGCUAUGCCCAGUUGAUACCAACCAAAGAUCGAUUGGAGGGUUUGGCUGCGUUCAAGGAGAAGAGGCGUCCUCAGUUCAAGGGCGAGUGAGUCAACACUGGCCGAAUACUUGCAGAAACUAUCCCAGAGUUCUGCUUCCUUCUCUCCUACUGUUCAACUGCUUCCAACAUAUCUAUGGGUGAAACUGUUCAACACAUUAAGCUGUACAGCAUCCAGUAGGACAUCUGACUGCAGGGCAUUAGGGCUGAUCCUGGCUGGUGUAUUUUAAAACCCUCGUUGGGUGUGACAACUAUUACGUCAACAUAUGGAGAAACCAAGUGAAUUCACUUAGCAUUGAACACUACUUACAAUACUCACAACCACUGCAUUCUAAAACAGGAAUUACUUCAAAUUGGUUAUUGCUGUUUGCAGUGUGAGUGGCCGGCAAUCAGCAACAGUAAUCUCCUUGACUAGUGAACUAAUCCAAGCCAUUGAAAAUCCUUUAAAUUCUGUGAAAGCUGCAAGACCGAUGCAUCACAAAGUGAGUUCGAUUUAUACUUUGUUAGAAAUGUCCUGUGAUCAUAACACCAGAUGUGUCUGCAAGAAAUCAUUGCAUUUGACUAAAUGCUUAUUGUGACAUACUUCCCUUCUUCGAAAAAUGUUCAGAGGGUGGAGGUUUGGAUUUGACUGUUGAAUGUGUGACGAUUUAUUUCUCUGUGCUAAUAAAAAACAAGACACUGUGACUGUUGAUAAAAACAAAUCAGUCUUCAUGAAGAAUCAACAGAAACGCUAUUUUUUUUCUCCAAAUCAAAGCUUCUGUCAUUAGCCUGUUAUGAAUGAUGACUUCUACAGUGAGCCUGGUCUGACAAUGAAAGUUUCUGUGAGAUCACUAAUGAUGAAAGGGCUCUCAUGUAUGCGAGAAAAAGAUAGCAAGCAAAAAUAUUCAUCAGUCAUAAAUAUGUUUAUUUCAUUGACAUUGAAUUAAAAAUACACAAACAUGUACACACUACAUGACAAGAUGGAUAUAAAUGAAGAAAGUUUUCACAGUUCUAUCUUGAAGAUGUUUGUUUCAUUUGAAUGGUUUGACAUACGUCUCUCACAUACACACUAGUUAAAGAUGCUAGUUAAAAUCUGUUCAGUGAGGCUGAUGGGUAACUAAUGUGAUAACACUCAAUAAAUGUUUCAGAUAUGCAAAUUA